AUGCCAAACCUGAGCACUGUUACCACCUUCAUCCUGGUUGGCUUGCCCCAUGCACCCGUGCUGGAUGCACCCCUCUUUGCAGUCUUCCUAGUGGUGUAUGUGUUCACUGUGCUGGGGAACCUCCUCAUCCUGUUGGUGAUCAUGGGGGACUCCCGUCUCCACACACCCAUGUACUUCUUCCUCACCAACCUGUCCUUCAUCGACAUGUGGUUUUCCACUGCCACAGUGCCCAAGAUGCUCCUGACCUUGGUGUCCCCGGGUGGUGGGGCUAUCUCCUUCCCAGGCUGUGUGGCCCAGCUCUAUGUCUUCCACUUUCUGGGUAGCACCGAGUGUUUCCUCUACACUGUCAUGUCCUAUGACCGCUACUUGGCAAUCAGCUACCCUCUCAGAUACCCCACCCUGAUGAGCAAGAGAACAUGUGUGCUGCUGGUCACCGGAACCUGGCUCAGUGGAUCCCUGCACUCCACUGUUCAGACGACCCUGACCUUCCACCUGCCCUACUGUGGGCCCCACCACAUCCAGCACUACUUCUGCGAUGCUCCCCCGAUUCUCAAGCUGGCCUGUGUGGACACCUCUGCCAAUGAGAUGGUCAUCUUUGUCAACAUCGGCAUGGUGGCCUCGGGAUGCUUCUUCCUCGUCUUCCUCUCCUACGUGUCCAUUGUCCGGUCCAUCCUGAAAAUCCGCACUUCAGCAGGCCGCCACAAGGCCUUCCAGACAUGCACAUCCCACUGCAUUGUAGUGCUUUGUUUCUUUGGGCCUGGUGUUUUCAUUUACCUGCGGCCAGGGUCACGGGAUGCUGUGGAUAGUGUGGUGGCCGUGUUCUACACUGUGCUGACACCCCUGCUCAACCCUGUGGUCUAUACCCUGAGAAACAAAGAAGUGAAGAGAGCGCUGCUCAAGUUAAAAAGUGGGUCAGUGUUUGCUCUGAAAAAAUAA